UAUUUUUCGUCGACUUCAUGACUUAGUACUAACACCAUUUGCCCUGGAUUGAUAAUCACAAUAUAUGAUACACACCCAAUCAUGGCCUCAAAUCCCGAAACCAUGCGAAUCGGCUAUGUGCCCGAGCACUACCUCGGGCCCCUUCAUCUCGCCCUCCGCUCCUCCGCCUCCAAGCUCCCCUUCCAAGUCCGGUUGAUUCCAUUUCCCUCCGGCACUGGGCACAUGAUCACCUCCCUCCGCGAGAAGGAGAUUGAUCUCGCCAUUGGCCUCACAGAGGGAUGGGUGGCUGGACUCGCGGGUAAACAGCAGGCGCCCCAAGACCCAUCGACGGAUGGAUACAAGAUCGUCGGCCACUGGGUGGAUACGCCAUUGCGGUGGGCGAUUGUGACCGGGCGUGAGAGGGAGGAGAUCCGGUCUGUGGAGGAUCUGAAGGGAGGAAGAGUCGGGGUUAGUCGGUUGGGAAGCGGCUCUCACAUCAUGUCCUUUGUUCUCUCGCAAACCCACCACUGGUCCGAGAAGGAUGCCCUCACCCCGGCUAUCCUGGGACCUUUCCAUUCUUUGCGGAACGGGGUCACGGGGUAUGACGCUGCGUCGACAACCCCUGAGCAGCCCCCCGUCCCGACGGCAGAGUUCUUCAUGUGGGAACACUUCACAACAAAGCCUUACUUCCACCCGACAGCCGACAAGCCCCAUCCGCCCUUGAAGAAGAUUGGCGAAAUCUAUACGCCAUGGCCCUCGUGGAUGAUCGUGGCAUCAACCGCGACGUUCUCGGGUGAUUUGACCAAGGAUCAGAGAUUGGAGCAGCUGUUUGAGGUGUUCGAUCAGGGGAUCAGCGAGUUUGACGCGGAUCGCGAGCAGGUGGUCAAGCUGUUGGGAACGGGCGAGCUCGGAUGCACCUAUGGCGAGGAGGAUGCGCGGGAAUGGCUGAAGGAUGUGCGGUUUACAAAGGGGACGAGGGGGGUGAAGGCCGAGGUGGUGGAGGGAGUGGUGGAUGUGCUGAAGGUUGCAGGAGUGAUUGAUGAGCAGAUGGAUCGAGAGGAGGCUGUCAAGCGCGUAGUGGGGAUUUCGCACUGAAGCAUGAUGAUUGAUUGUAAGGCAUCAAUUUACUGUAGUCCCAUCAACAUAGUCAGGGGGGGGGGGUUCUAUCUCGUGAUGAGGCUAGUGCUACGAGAGAAAGUGUUGACUCUCGACCAAAAGUCAAAUUGGCAAUGCUAGAGUACGG